CGACGAAGUCUAUCAGCACAACAUAUGGGAUCCGAGCGCACAGUUCUUCUCAUUCAAAAAAGUGAUGAAUGAAUUGGGAAUCAAACUAGAAUUGGCUUCAAUGAUGAGCGCUUCCAAAGGGACCCAAUCUUACGAUCUAUACAUGAAGGAGAAGAAAGAAGGGCUGGAAUCGCUCCGAACGAGGGCUCAAUUGAUUGCCGAGACAUUCAAUUCCAUUGAAGGCAUUGAGUCUAACCGAGUGGCCGGCGCUAUGUAUGCCUUUCCCAAAAUUAUUUUGCCGCCCAAAGCCAUCAAAGCGGCCGCCGAUAAGAAACAAAAGCCCGACUUUUUCUAUGCCAUGGAAUUACUGGAGACC